AUGGAGUCCAAUAUUUCAGGGUCCUUCCUUUUCAACAAUGGCUUGAACCAGUUUCCAUCAGACAUCAAGGCUCCUGUGUGCCAAUACUCCAUCCCCAACUCCUUCUACAAGCUUGGCCCUGCCAAUAUCAACGCCCAGCUCCAGGCUGGCACUCCGCAUGGCAUCAGUGACAUCCUGAGUCGAUCCAUGGUGGGCGGCCCAGGAGCCCCUACCAUAUUAUCAGGGUACCCCCCUAUGGGUGGCUAUGGAACAACUGUACCUAGUCCCGGGGUGUAUUAUAAUCGGGAUUAUGCCCCUUCUGGACUGAAUAGUUUCCCUAAAUCCAGUGUAGAAUGUCCAGGUAUGAAGAGUAAAGGCACAAGCUGCUGGGUGGAUGGAGGGUACGAGUGGAGAGGAGCAAGACAGCAGUGUGGCAACAAUGGGCAUCCCAUUGAGGCUGCAGGGAGGAAGAAGCACACAAGACCCACCUUCAGUGGGCACCAGAUCUUCGCUCUGGAGAAAACUUUCGAACAGACCAAGUACCUGGCAGGACCAGAGAGAGCCAGACUGGCAUACUCACUGGGCAUGACUGAAUCGCAAGUCAAAGUGUGGUUCCAGAACCGGCGCACAAAAUGGCGUAAGAAGAGCGCAUUGGAGCCCAGCUCCACACAGGCCUCUCGGGAGGAGAGCGGAGGAGAUGGAUCAGAGAAUGAGGUGGAGGAUGAGGAGUACAACAAGCCGCUGGACCCCGACACGGAUGAUGAGAAGAUUCGACAGCUACUGCGCAAACACCGCAGAGCUUUCUCAGUACUGCACCUGGGACCUCACCACAUCUGA